GACCUUUAGAGGUUUGUUUUUAUUUAUUUUUAGGGUCGGGGGUAGCGGGGAGGGCAGGCGAAGGGAAAGGAGGAGGACAUGGAGAUGAAGAAGAAGAUUAACCUGGAGUUGAAGAACAGAGCCCCAGAGGAGGUGACGGAGUUAGUCCUUGAUAACUGCUUGUGUGUCAACGGUGAGAUCGAGGGCCUGAACGACACCUUUAAGGAGCUGGAGUUCCUCAGUAUGGCCAAUGUAGAGCUAAGUUCCCUGGCCCGGCUUCCCAGUCUGAACAAACUGCGGAAGUUGGAACUUAGUGACAAUAUAAUUUCUGGAGGUCUGGAAGUCCUGGCAGAGAAGUGUCCGAAUCUUACAUACCUCAAUCUGAGUGGAAACAAAAUUAAAGAUCUCAGCACAGUCGAAGCACUGCAAAAUCUGAAAAAUUUGAAAAGUCUUGACUUGUUUAACUGUGAGAUCACGAACCUGGAAGAUUACAGAGAGAGCAUUUUCGAGCUGCUCCAGCAGAUCACGUACUUAGACGGCUUCGACCAGGAGGACAACGAGGCGCCCGACUCAGAGGAGGAGGAGGAGGAGGAUGGAGAUGAAGAUGAGGAAGAUGAGGAAGAAGAUGAAGCUGGUCCACCUGAAGGAUAUGAAGAGGAUGAGGAGGAUGAAGCCGGUUCAGAAGUGGGAGAGGGAGAAGAGGAGGUGGGCCUCUCAUACUUAAUGAAAGAAGAAAUUCAGGAUGAAGAAGAUGAUGAUGAUUACGUUGAUGAAGGAGAGGAAGAGGAAGAAGAGGAAGAAGAGGGUCUGCGGGGAGAGAAAAGGAAGCGAGAUGCUGAAGAUGACGAGGAGGCGGAAGACGACUAGACCCCGGGAGGAGGACGCCC